AGAACUACGCAAAAACACAGGAAGUAGGGAGAAAACGCAAAAGAGCUCAUCAUAAUGUUGCAUUGAUUAUAUUGAUCUAGUGUAGUUUAAGAUACAUUUCAGAGCGUAAAUACAUUUUAGUAUAUCUAAGUUAUACUAAAAUUUGAAGCAAAUAUGUGUGACCCAAUAUUUGAAUACCAAUUUAGACUCAUUCUUAUUGGGGACAGCACAGUUGGGAAGUCUUCAUUACUUCGUUACUUCACUGAUGGCAAAUUCGACGAAGCUUGCGAUCCAACAGUUGGUGUGGAUUUCUAUGCGCGCUUGAUGGAAGUAAAGCCAGGAGUUCGAGUAAAACUUCAGCUAUGGGACACAGCAGGACAAGAACGAUUUAGGUUCUAUUUUCUUUAUCAUUGGGACCCAUUUAUGAUAUCUCAUAGAUAGAAGAAGUUGAGCUCAAAAGAGUCACACUUUUCAAUUUCAAAUAGGCCUGUGUGUUGACUAAUUAAAACUAAUAAAAAGUAAUAAAAUUAUAAUCAUAAUGAUAAUUAAUAAUGUACUUUAAAUUUAAACAGUUUUAUGUAUACUGAAAAAAAGUUGUAAAAUGAUUAUCUGUUUUUGUUAUUGUCUUAUUUUCAGAUCAAUUACCAGAUCAUAUUAUCGCAAUUCUGUUGGAGUUAUGAUUGUCUAUGAUAUCUCUAAACGAAGCAGUUUUGAAAACCUCAAAGAGUGGUAUGAGGAAGCUCGUGAACAUAUUGAGCCACACAAGGCUAUUUUUGUCAUUUUGGGUCAUAAGGCUGAUAAUGAGGAAAAUAGACAAGUCACUUCCAGAGAAGGAAGGCGCUUUGCUGAAAUGCAUGGACUCAAAUUCUUUGAGACAUCAGCAAAAACAGGUCAAAAUGUUGAAGAAGCUUUUGCUUCUAUAGCGAAAGACACAUAUCAGCAUUUGCAGGACGGUCAUAUCAAAAUAGAAGAAGGAUGGGAUGGUGUGAAAGCUGGAUUUUCUCGACCUAAAGAAACUGUACAACUAGCUGAGGCAGAAGGAGAAAGCCGAUGCUGUUAAAUUCUUUUUUAUUAAGAAAGAAUUUCAUGACUUUCAGUAAUUGAAUAAUAGAACAUAUUUUCUGUUUUGCCCCACAAUGGUCAUAAUAUAGUGCUAUAGUUUGGGACAUUUCACUUAAAAUGACAAAAACAAAUUUGAACGUUACUAGUUACUGUUUAUCUAACCACUCUUAUUGUUUUCAAAACCAGUUGACAUGACAUUCUGUUAGUGAAAUUUUAAUGUAACCUAAAAACUAAAAUAUGCUGUUCAUAAAAAGGAUAAUAUGUACUUAAUAACAUGAAACAGCUGAUUUGCCCAUUUUUCAAACCUUCAUUUAUUUUUUUAAAAAAAUUAAAUUUAUAAAUCAAUUUUUAUUUAUGACAUUUUAGCAUUGUUUAGUGUGAACUUAUUUUAAUGUUUAUUAGACUCAAUUUUAUAAACCGCCAGAGCAGAUCCACAUUUACCCAAACUUAGGGCUACUCCUGCUUGUAAUUACUGGAAUGCUCUUAAGGAUGGUAUACCCAGUCUUCCCAUAAAUGACCUAAGUGGCUCUGACAUAAAAGUCUGGAACUUGAUGCUUUGUCUAUGACCACAGCGGUGAUGGCCUUAGUGGAAUCAUAGGAACUAGUCUAAAGUUAUUCAUUUAACAAUUAAGUCUUUCCUUUGUAUCAACUUAUUAAUUUUAAAUUAAUUAUUUUAACAAUGCACACAAUCAUUCUGAAAUAUUUAAAACAUAUUCCUUUUGGUAACUAUUCAAAAACCUUUACUCAGUAAUGAUGUAAGCAAUUUUUUAAUGUGUUGCUAGAAAAAAUGUAUCUCUUAACUGCAAUUCUAUUUCUUUUAAUUAAAAUGAGUAUUAAUUACAUUUUUCUUCUUUUGCAAUGAAAAUACCUUUCUGAAUAAAAAAAUCCUAACCAGUUUAAAAAAAUGUACAUGUGGUGUACUAGUUACGAUUUCUGAAGCUACAUUUAAUAUGCAUCUUAAAUGAAAACGAAUUUUAUACACAAAGAUUAGUGCAAUAUAUUUUUAUAUACUCUGAGUUAUUAUAAUUAUGUACUUUUCCCCCCCCUGUUUAAGUCAGGUAAUAAACUUUCUAUAAGCUUUCUCUGUUCAUUAUAUGUAAGAUGUAAUUUUUUUACAGUAAUGAUUAAAUAGCCAUUAUUUUCCUCAGACAGCAUAAUAUGUAGUUAACUGUAUAUACCUGGGAAAUCCACUGGAUGUGAAGAUAUUAUAUUUAAAAUGUGACAAAUACAACUGGUUAAAAAUGCUAAUAGCAUUAAUACUUUAUUAAACAAAUUGGUGCAAAAUUCAAAAGAUAGUGAUUAAGUUAGUAUCUUUUAUAUAUUUAGCUAAAAGUCCAGUAAUAAUUUAUAUUAUAAAAGUAACUUGGAAGAAAAUUUUGAGUUUUUUUAAUAUCAUUUUAAGUUUACAAUGAAGAGAGAUGUCCAUGUAGACAUUGCUGUUCACAACUCAUUUUAUAGUGUUUAUCAUCUUGAUAAGUACACUGAGUUCAUUCAUCAACAUUCAUCAGCAUCUAUUUCAAUAGUUAUAAACAAUAAUUUAUGAAGACACAUAAUUUAUUAACUGUGUCCAGGCAAAUUUGAUUGUUCUUUGUGAGUUAGAGGAAACUAUCCAUACUGUAAAUUUAAAGUUAGGAUAUUUCCCUUCAACUUGCACUGUUAUAUUUAUGAUUCCAAUAAUUGAUCAUUGCUUACAUGUUGGAUAUUCUCCUAAAUGUGCUGGCUAUAUUUCAACAUAGUAUAGGAACAAGGUCGUUGCUCUAUAUAUCUUGUCAUAUCAAAGCUUCUAUGGUGCAUCAUUGUUACACAUUUAUUGCAAUUUUGCAUUUUGAAUAUUGAUGCUAAGUUUUUACUGAUAUCUCUUGCUAGUACACUGUAUCUAAAGAAUGUAUUUUAUGAGAUUAGUAGUUUUCCGUUCAUGUCACAUUUUGUGCAGGCCAACUAAAAUCACCAUAGUGAAGUUCUGUUAUCACACAUUUAUUUCAUCACUUCUGAUUAACUUUGUGAAAGCUCGUUGAGAAAGUUUGUUACUUGAAGGAAUUUCUGAGGACCUUUAAUAAGAGUUGAAACAAGAGGGUCAAUAUUUACAUACAUAUCAGAAAUUCUGUUUUGGUGACCUAUCAUUGAACAUUGGCUAAUUUUUUUUUUUUUAAUUUUCAUUAUCUUUAGCAAUUGAGCUAUACAUCAAAGUAAGGUUAGGCCAUAGUAAGGCUUUAUAUCUGCUUUAUCUGUACUUUUGUAUAGUGCUAUAUUUAAUACAUUUACCUAUAUAUUAUGUAAAUAUAUGAUCCCAUGAAUGACAUUCAGGACAAGUUGAUAUAACUAAAAAGAACAUUAAAACCAUGCAAUAAAAUGUAGAAAAGAUUUGAACUGCUAAUAGUAACAAUAUAUUAUAUUACAGCAAUAUAUACUUUUUUCCCAUGUAAAAAUUGUAUUAAAAUUAAAUUAGAUAAAAAUAAUGUUGCAUUUAACCAGGGGAAAAGGCAAAAAGAUAACCAUUAUGAGAUUAUUACAGGUCUGUAGGGUGCCAUAUGUAAGUCAUACAUACUUAUCGUGGUACGGUAACCAUUUUAGCAUUUCCCUUUGCCUUAAGUUUAUGCCAGUCAGAUAGUUGAUGAUACAUCUUAAAAAAACUAUCAACACACAGAUAUUACUUCUUACAAUCUGGUUACAGUAGUGUAAAAAUUAUUCUACAAAAUGGAGAAAACUCUGUUGUAGAUUCUUUGUUUCAAGCCAAAAAUUGUUGUAUUGAACCAAGCAGAAGAUAUAAAACAUUAGUAAAUCUAGUUGUAAAUGGUAAGGCAAUUCAAUUGUUAAAAGUGUUUUCUUUGUACAAUGUAAUUCCCCUGUUGAUUAAUGUAAUAUAUGUCAUUAUGUUGUCAUUGUCAACAACCCAACAGUUUUUUUGUUUGCUGUUGACACUCAGAAUUAUUAGACUCGGUGCGGUUGGGUAAAAGUCUGUUAAAAGGGUCAGUGGUGUGCAGCCUUUUUAUGGGUGUGACACCACUGAAGCUGAGAGAUCCCAUAUGCCAUAAGGGGUUAAUAAAUUUUCAGUUCUAACCCUAAUAUAAUGUCCCACUGAAUUAAGAUAUGCAGACCUGUUUACUCUUACGAUUUUGGCGUACAAUGUACGAUUUUCAAGUGUAAAAAUAUAUACUUUAUGCUUAUUUUUUACUCUAAAUAUAAGGUAUUGAACGAUUUUGUGAUGAUAUUGUACGAUUUUAAGAGUUUGAGGGUAAACAGGUCUGGAUAUGUAUCAUUAAUUUUAUUUUUCUCCAAACUGUUGCUUUGAAUGUUAUGCAUCAUAGCCUGUUUGUUUGUCACUUGCAUUUUCUUCUCUCCCUAAAAUUGCACACUUUUUAUCCCAGUUUAGCACUUUUUGAUGCUCUUCAGUUACAUUUCUCUCAGGCCUGAUCAAUUUUUUUCAACUGCUCCCUAGUGCAGCCAGUGUCAUUCACCUUUUGCACUUGAUGUUUUUAUAUUGAGGAAGAUUUUGUAAAUUUCAGGUAACAAUGCUUUUUUUUCUUACACACACAUAAAAAGACACAAAUGUUAAGGUUCAUCAUAAAAUGUGUCUAUUCUUAAGAUAAGCAUGAUUAAGCAUGCUUGUACAUAUGCCAAUUAAUGGUCACACUUUCCCAGCUUAGGCCAAGUGGAUGGGAUACAGCCAUUUACACACUGUUUGAGUUGACAUGAAAUCAAUUAAAAAUAGAUCAGUGGUUCUCAACUUUGCAGUAAAAAAAAUUUUAAAUAGAUAAGAGGCAGCCAUUCACACAUUAAUUGACUUGGCAUGAAAUCAAUUAAAAUUGGAACAGUGGUUCUCAAAUUUGUGCAGUGAAAAUUAUUUGAAUCACUUUUAGAAAUUCAAUUAUAAAUAAAAAUUAUCAGAACCAAAAUUAAAUUCCAUCUGGAGAUGCUGGAAGGUUUUACGUUUUUAUUUUGUGUGGGGAUAGUUUGAUUAUAUUCCUGCUGUUAAGUUUGCUUUCUAUGAAGUUGGCCCACAAGUUUCAAGUUGUUGAAUAGAUAUGAAUAUAAAAUCUCUUUCUUUCAUAAUUAUCAGUCUGUAGGGUGUUUCACCCCCCUUUCCCCAUCCCCGCAUUUUCCCACACUCUUCUGGUAACUUAAGUAUUGUAAAAAUUAUUUUUGAAUGAGAAACCCCGAUUUGUAUUGAAUGUAAAAUUGAAUUCAUUUUCAAGUGUGGCCUGUUUUCUGGGGUGUACUUUUACAAGCACUGAUGUGAUGAAAAUAUUUUAUCCUAUUGCAGUGCUGUUUGUGGUCAUUUAGAGGCUUCAGAAAGUAAUUUUAUAAAAGAAAAAUGUUCUUAAUAUCUUGGCAUGAAUAAAUUUGUUGUUUUUUUAAUCAAUGUCUAAGAAUUAAUUUUUGUUUUUUCAUGUACACAUUAUAUUUUAAAAUCUCUUAACUGUUAUCAUUCAAAUGUCUAGUAAUGGAGCGUCUAUUCCAUCUAUCUUUGUAUCUCCUUAAAUUUGUUUGAUCACUAUCCUUAUUUUGAGAAUAAGCUUAUUUAAGCUAUGUGAGUGUCUCCUUGUUUUGUGAGACCUCAUAUGCCUUUAUCCAGAAAUAGCAAGCAAUUCUUAAAUCAACUAGAAAUGUUAGCCAUUUUAUGUUAUUCUCCCCUACUAUUUAGCUCCAAAGGUCAUUUUAUUCCAAUCCAGUAUAAACAAAAUUGAUUUUCUAAGAAGAAAAUACGUUCUCAAUUCUUCUUUUUACAAGAUUAAUGAAAGUUGCCAUAGAAACAUGGCAAAAUUCAAAAAUUCAAGUCUAGCCAUAGAACAUCUACAAUCAGAGAGACUUGAUUUUGGUUGUAUGGUUCAAUAGUAAAAUGUGUUUAACUAUUUGUAACUAUAAAAAAAUACCUUAAAAACAAAUUGUAUAGUUUUUCUAUCUCUUGUUUGGAU